GGGGUGAAGUCACGUGUUGUGUACGGAAGUCGGGACUACAUCUCCCAGGAGGCAGUGCGGUGGGGUUGUACGGAAGCCGGUGUAGUACACCGGUGUGCUGAGGAGAAAAAUGUCGUUUAAGAGAGAAGGGAACGAUGGGAGCCAACUGAAUAUACUGAGGAAGCGGAGGGUGGCCGAUCUCCUGGCCAGCUUCAUCCCCGAGGACGAGGCCCUGCUGAUGAAAAAUGGAAGGUACGCCUGCACGGUGUGUCACCACAGGCCCAUCUUCGACACGAUAGACAUGCUCUCCAUCCAUCGCAAUGGGAAGAAACACACAGCCAGUCUUCAGGGGUUCUACGGGAAGAAGGCGGAGCUCAGCAACGAGGUGCAGAAACGCCAACACCGCGACUACGUCCGCGCAGAGGAGGCCGGAGAGCAGCUACCCAAGGGCCCGGCCCCGCUUCUUGCCCAGACCAGGAGGAUCACCCACCAUGCCUUGCUGAAGUCGGCCCCCUACAACAGCUGCUGCCCGCGCAAAAGGCCAGGAGAUGCUGGUAAGGAGAUCGGCUCCCCAGAACUUGGUGCCCCUCCCCCUUCAUCAGUGAUGUCACAUACCAGCCAAUUGGUCAGUGAAUGGCCGGCACCACAAGAGGCUGCAGUCAUACAGUCCGAGCCAGUUGGCCGCUCUAAAAAACCUGAAACCAAGAAAAGUGUCCGGCGGAAGAAGGAUCGGAAAUGUCCGGGGAAGGGGGAGGAGACACCCAGCGAUGAGCCAGAAAAAAAGCGGGAGAUGGAUCACUACCUGCGUCUGCGGAGCGCUGGCUGGAUUCCUGACGGCAGCGGGAAUUGGGUGAAGGAUGAAAACGUGGAAUUUGACUCCGACGAAGAAGAGCCGCCGCCCAUGCCGCCUACAUGACCCCGCCAUAUUGUCAGGUCAUGUGAUUUUUAUAUCUGUUAUACAGAUGGGAGUUCCAGGCACAGCCGGCUCUCUCUUUAUUAUAGAGGGAGUUUUUUUCUUAUCUGGAUAAUGCGAAGAUGUCUUCAAUGUAAUAACCAACCAGGGACUAACGCCUCAAGUUCCCUUUAUAUUGAUGGUAAAAAAAAAAAAUUGGCAGUUUGUUACCAAUACUAAUAACGUCCUCCAUUGGUGAGACCAAUAAUAAACUUUUCUUAUCAAUG